AAAAAGUCCACGAAACUGCCUUGAUUACAACACUGAGAAGCGAAACACUGAGCCAAACCGAAAUUCUCGAGACAUAUAUAUAAUGGCAUCCACCUAAGAGCUCUUCGUCUAUUUCAUAGAUAAUCUCGAACUCUAGACCCUCACCCAACCAGACUGUCUGGCCUAGUCAGCACCCCGAACCAUGUCACCCACGACCAGUCUAAAGAACGCCUCGGCGACCGAGGACCAUCAGCUCGACACAAUUCCCGAGUCAAAUUCAUGGCUCGCCAAAGUUCACCCGUACUUCAAGAACCCCCAACAUGUGUUCAUUCUUAAGCUCGACGCAUUCCUUCUAUCAUGGGCAUUCGUUGCCGGUCUAUUCAAAGAUAUGGAUCAAAGCGCCACUACUGCCGCCUAUGUUUCUGGAAUGAAAGAAGACCUGGGGCUUCUUGGUAACGAAUUGGUCGAGUUCACAACAUGGUUUUCCGUUGGCUACGCACUGUUCAUCGUGCCCUCGCAAUUGAUCCAAACCCGGGUCCGACCGUCGAUAUUCCUUCCUAUCUGCGAGAUAGUCUGGGGAAUAUUUACUCUUUUCACUUACAAGGCGCCAAAUGCCAAGACUAUUUACGCGCUGCGAUUCUUUCUCGGAGUCUUCGAGUCAACCUCAUGGCCUGGAAUCGUAUCUCUUAUCCUGAACUGGUACACGCCAAAAGAACUUGGAAAGCGACUGGCAAUCUUUGGCGUCAGUGGCGUCGCAGGAAACAUGUUUCUGGGUAUCGUCCAGGCAGCUCUCUACAGGAACCUGAACGGCGCCCAAGGCCUUGCAGGCUGGCAAUGGCUUUUUAUUGUCUCAGGAGUCAUGACCAUCUUCUGGGGCAUCGUAGGCUUCUUUGUGAUUCCUGAUUCGCCCGCCAUCACCCGGGCUCUAUACUUGUCGGAGCAGGAGAGAGAACUUGCUCGCGCAAGGAUGGACGAGAGUGGAACCAAGACAUCCGGCAUCAUCCCCUUCAAGGUUUUGGUUCAGAAACUGAAGCUUCUUGUUCAAACCCCUAUAACUUACCUUUACCUGGCUGGUUAUCUACAGUUCGCCUGGAGUCAGCGUGCCAACGCUUACUUCUUGCUCUACCUGAAGGGGCUUACCAAAUCGAACGGCGACCCAUUGUACUCCGUCUACACCGUCAACCUGAUCCCCUUGGGAGGUUACGGCAUCAGCAUUGUAUGCAACAUUGGGCUGAACGCUCUCAGUGACUGGAAGGGUUGGCGAUGGCAAGUUGCAGUCGCAGUUGCGGCUGUGCAGGUGCUCGCAACCUCGGUUCUUGCGGGCUGGCCUGACUCUCGACACACUAUCAUGGCAUUCUAUUUCUUGACAUUCGCUACGGCGGCCUGGGGGUAUGCACUCCUAGCCUGGAUGGCCGAGAUCCUUCGCAAGGAGCCAGAGGUGCGAUCAAUUCUUGUCGGAAUUGCAGUUACCCUUGUUUAUGCCGGGCAUGCCUCGAUUCCACUUCGGGCGUGGCGCGUGGAUGACAGCCCGAGAUAUCCAAUCGGCUUCCCCUUGGCGGCAGCCUUCGCUGUUGGAAGCAUCAUUGCCAUCCUGGGGUUGCUUUUCUACAUUAACAGGUACCCCGAGAUUUUGGAUUGGGGCUUGGACCGAGAGGGAGCUAAAUCUAGAGCGGUGGAGGAGAUUAUCCCUGGUGAAAUAAGUAAGGAGAACCGAAACCGCGGUCCUGGUUGGGCGUCGAAAAAAAAUGCUGUCAUUUUCGCCGGACCCGUGGGCCUCGCGGAUCGCCAUUAA